AGAAGUGUCGGGUUCGGUGUUGUCAGGGUUUGUAAGAACUCCAUCUUCCCCAGCCUGCGUGCCGGGUGCUUGAUCUUUGAGGAGAGAGUUCCCCGACCUUGGAGACUGGAGUGGGAAGGCCUAGGGCUUUGUGUCCGGCCUGGGGUCUUGUCCCUAACCGUGGGGAGGGUCUCUCUGAUUUGGGGUCAGGGGUGACGCUGCGAAUUCCCGGUCCGCAUCUGUACCAAUAAGCCCAGUUUUUCCAACGGGACUAAUGAAGUCUCCCCUGGCUCUCUCAAGCUUUCGUGGCUCGGAGGACAGGACAGUUAUAAUCAUUUUAAAUGGUUCUUCCCACUUAUGCUGACUUAAGUUUCUUGGCCCCUUAUUUAUACGAAAUGUAUUUUCACCUCUAAAACGGUUGGGUCUGAUGUCCGAUUUUUAUGGCUAUUCUUUACCUUUAAAAGAAAAAUCUUGAGGAUUGCCCUGCUUGUAAUCAUUUUUAAGGGUGGAAUGAUGGCUGUCAUUCUAAGUGAGUUACUUUGAUAAGUGGUUCUCUUUAGUAUGGAUGACGCCUUUGCCAUCUCUCUUUGCUAACAAUGAUUCUCGAUAUAUCAGUAGGUUAUACAAUACUAAAAAAUGACCUUCGCAAGAGCUUAAAAGGCAGAAAAGAAAUUGAGUCAGAGUAACACAGCCCAACUUCGAGAGACUUCCCUCUGAGUUGGAAUGAUAAUGACAGAGUUCCGGGAAGUUAUAGACUUAGACCCUCCAUCUGAGUCGUCUCAAGAACAAGAGGACCUUCUAAUAGUAAAGGUGGAAGAAGAAGAAGAUUGCACCUGGAUGCAGGAGUACAAUCCGCCAACGUUUGAGUCAUUUUACCAACGGUUCCGUCACUUUCAGUACCAUGAGGCCUCAGGACCCCGGGAGGCCUUGAGCCAGCUCCGGGUGCUUUGCUGUGAGUGGCUGAGGCCCGAGCUGCACACCAAGGAACAGAUCCUGGAGCUGCUGGUGUUGGAGCAGUUCCUGACCAUCCUGCCUGAAGAAUUCCAAGCCUGGGUCAGAGAACAUCACCCUGAAAACGGAGAAGAGGCCGUGGCUGUCAUCGAAAGUAUACAGAGAGACCUUGAAGAACGCAGGGAGCAGAUUAUUGUGUGUCCUGAAGCGCUUCCUCCGAAGAUGGUCCUGCCUGAAGUAGUGCAGGAGUCCCUCGCUCACCAGGCCUUGUCCACAGACCCUGAGGCUGAUCAAGAGCCACUGAAGCCCCAUCUCCUGGAAGAAAACGCCCUUCCUGUUCUCCAGGUUCCUCCCCUUCCCCUGAAGGACAGCCAGGAGUUGACAACCUCACUUCUCUCAGCUGGGUCCCAGAAGUUGGUGAAAAUUGAAGAUGUGGCAGAUGUGGCAGUGUCCUUUAUCCUGGAGGAAUGGGGACAUUUGGAUCCGGCCCAGAAGUCUUUGUAUAGGGACAGCAGGAAGGACAAUUAUGGGAGGAUUACUUGCAUGGAUUAUGAGUCCAAGGACGCUGUGGAGCUCGUGGUGAAGCAGAUUUCCGAGGAGGCCGAGUCGCACUGGAUGGCUGCCGCGGGGCCAGCCGGCAGCGGCUCCCCGGGCGGGGAGGGGGUGGUGCAGAGGUGGCAGGUCAGCCCCCCCGCGGGGAGGUCGCGGCACUCUGCGCCCCCCAAGCCCGGCCUUGGCACUGGCCGAGUCAGCGGCGCUGGAGGCGGUGGGGAGAGAGGCCACCGGUGCAGCGACUGCGGGAAGUUUUUCCUGCAAGCCUCCAACUUCAUUCAGCACCGGCGCAUCCACACCGGCGAGAAGCCGUUCCGCUGCGGCGAGUGCGGGAAGAGCUACAACCAGCGCGUGCACCUGACGCAGCACCAGCGCGUGCACACGGGCGAGAAGCCGUACGCAUGCGCCGUGUGCGGCAAGGCCUUCCGCGUGAGCUCGCACCUGGUGCAGCACCGCAGCGUGCACAGCCGCGAGCGGCCCCACGCCUGCGCCCAGUGCGGGAAGCGCUUCGGCCGCCACUCGCACCUCGUUGAGCACCUGAAGCGCCAUGCCAGGGAGAAGGCCCAACGGUGUGGUGACAAGAGAGCCAAGAACACGAAGCUGAGCGUUAAGAAGAAAAUGUCAGACUUUGCAGCCGCCGACACGGAACUGUCGGGGAAAAGCCAAAGAGACACCUCUGAAGUUCGAAAUCUGGGAGACGGCUAUGAUCCCCAAGGCCCAGGGGAGAGAACGCCGGGGCUCCCUAGGAAAGAGCUCCCAGGACAGCCCCCGACAAAGAGGAUGCACGGCGGCGACGUCCCCAAGAAGCUGUCCCCCGCCGGAGAGAGGCCCCACAAAUGCGGGGACUGCGGGAAGAGCUUCAUCCAGAGCGCCCACCUCAUUCAGCACCGGCGCAUCCACACCGGCGAGAAGCCGUUCCGCUGCGACGAGUGCGGGAAGAGCUACAACCAGCGCGUGCACCUGACGCAGCACCAGCGCGUGCACACGGGCGAGAAGCCGUACGCAUGCGCCGUGUGCGGCAAGGCCUUCCGCGUGCGCUCGCACCUGGUGCAGCACCAGAGCGUGCACAGCGCCGAGCGGCCCUUCAAGUGUCCCGAGUGCGGGAAGGGCUUCGGCCGGCGCUCGCACCUGGCCGGCCACCUGCGGCUGCACUCCCGCCAGAGGUCCCACCAGUGCCUCGAGUGCGGGGAGAUCUUCUUCCAGUACGUCAGCCUCAUCGAGCAUCAGGUGCUGCACGUGGGCCCGAAGAAGGAAACCCACGGCCCCGGCGAGGAGGCUCCGGGCUGGAACCUCACGGUGACCGACGAGAAGAAGGUGGAGCUGGAGGCGCAGCCAUACCAGUGCGACGUGUGCGGGAAAGCCUUCCCGCACCCGCCCGACCUCAUUCAGCACUACAGGACUCACACGGUGGAGAAGGCCCGCAGGUGCGCCGCGUGCAGGGAAGGCGCGGGCCCGUGCCCCCACGCCAAGCCACCCCCGAAAGUCUGCGUGAGCCCCAAACCCCAUCAGUGUCCCGAGUGCGGGAGGGGCUUCGCCCUCAAGUCCCAUCUCAGCCAACACCAGAGAAUCCACACUGGCGAGAAGCCCUUCCAGUGCAAGGAGUGCGGGGUGAGCUUCAGCUGGAGCGGAAGCCUCCUGAAGCACCUGAGAAGCCAUGAAAGGACAGACCCCAGGAGCCCCUUCAGCGUCUAGGCCUGCGCUCCCGCACACAGCUCCCCACACGUCAUCUCCCCCGCACAGCCAUCCAACCGUCCCCUGUGGGUGUGGUGAAACUGUGCCGUGAGAACUCAGCCGUUCAUUACCCGCCAGUUGUCCACCAGAAAUCAAUCCCUGCUGGCUUUCCAGAAGUGUCCUCCCCAAGCCACCAGAAGAACCUCUGGAUGGUGGAUGAAGGAAAGCCUUCCGGAUGGUACUCAUUGCUUAUGUGGAACUCAGAAAAUUGACACGUGAAUGCAGUAGAAAUAAGCUUUAUUUGUAGUUUCUGCCUUCUUUUUGGACAGUGUAUCUAUUCAGGGAAGAGUGAAGGAAAGAACUCCUUAGCAUGAUAUCCGUCUGGGUACCUCAGCAAUGAACCUUUUCUAGAAUGCUCCAUUGUUCCCAUCUUGAGUAUUAAAUCCUUUGAA